AUGUCAAAAAUACAAAUUGUUGCCUCACUGGCAUUGGCGACUGUCAUAUCGCUUCUUUGCCAGAGAGCCGUAAUCUCUCCAGUCGCUACACCUGAUCGAGUCAGCACCGCUAGAGCAGAGGCCCAGGAACAGUCCUCGAAUUUGUCGACGAAUACUUUCGUCCUUCGAGCAUCGCCCGAGGUAGAAGCAUUCGACUACAACAGCUAUGUAGAGUUCUUCCAAGUUGAAAAUGCUGGAGAUCAGGAAGAUAAUUACAAGAAUGCCUUCCUCACAGCGCUGAUUGAGGUGCAAGCAAUGGUGACUAUUGCUUACGAAGGUGUUCGAGAACAAUUGUUUACGCCAACUUCCACCGACUCCCCCGUCGAACGUUAUUUCAGAUCAGAUCCGGCUGAAUGGCAGCUAGUCCUAGACAUGUACGAGCGACUCGCUCAAGCAUUAGGCGCACCGCAAUACAACGAUCUUCGAAAGAUGCCAGGAUGCGUGCCAACGACGCCGAAACUCCAUGUCUAUUACCUCGAUCCUCCUCCCUACCCGGAUGGUACCCCGCCAUAUCCCAACUGUCAAUCUCAAGGUGAUCUCCUUAUUUCUGCCUACGUUUUCAAGAAUCAUGGUUGGGAUAUACAGGAUAAGAUCGUUCUUUGCCCUGAAUUCUUCUCCAAACAUCGAACUUUUGAAGAAGUCGACGAAAACAGAGAUUUGAUUUAUGAUUACAUUGAGUUUGGAUACACAGAUUCACGGAAGGAGCUUACUUACACCUCAUCGAGGGUUCUACUACACGGCCAUGGUCUAGAACUCAUGCACUACUCUCCUCUGUACAGUGAUUUCUUCAACAGUGGUCUGGACGACGGCCGGAUAGUAGACUUGCAACUAUACGACUCCAACAGCGGCACGUUCUUUGGUGCCUACGGAGCAUGGGCAGCAACGUGCAUCACAUACAAUUUGGCGAUGUACUACCCUCAGUGGGGUCCACUUGACCCAGAUGUUCCACUACAAGCAAUAGGGCUCGAACACCUGGCGAAUCCGAAGACAAAUGUCGACAACUGGGUAUACAAUGCCUUGGAGUAUUUCUACAGGAGACGGUACAGCAUUGCGGAGGAAUGGCUGCAACCUCCAAUGCGAGCUGGCGGACCACGUUUCCCGGAAGGACAUCCCGGUCUAAGUGAUCCGAGGGUUCAACCUCCUACUCCGCCUGGCUCACCGCUGGUCAACGUGCAAGACUAG